AGCGAGAACCUUGGGUGGAGCCGACUACCUGGCGAUAGUCGCUUAUUACUUUUAGAACUAUUUCAGACAUUUCUGAGAACAGUGCAAUUCUAAACUGACGACUUUUUUGAGUUUACGGCAAAGAUAACUGGCCGUACUGGAAAAACUAACACAUGAAUUCGUUCAAAGCAGGCCGCUUUAACUACACAAAAUUUGCUUGGCUCGAGGAAGUGAAUACAUUAUAAGGUCGAAUUUCGUAACAAGUAUGACUUCAAGCAGCGAAAUAAAAUUCCCAGGGCUGCUAGAAAUGGGUUUUUUACAAGAUAUUUGUUUGUAAAAACCCAUAUAGCCCGUUUUCUCUGGCUCUCAAAAGGCUUUAGCAAAUUUUUAUGGACUGGUUAACUUGGUUUUUUAGAAAUGUUGCCAGUUGCCCCACGGUUUGGACUAUAUUUAACGAGAUGCUUUGUAAUUUGCCAUGCCUUUUUUUUUAAUUGGCAUCUCUUCAAACGCUUGGGGUUAUUAUUUUUGAAACUAAAUGCUGGUUUGGAUACAUCAGAAAAAAAGGCCUAUAUAUAUACACUGCGCGCACCUUGUACAGAAUCUAGGACAUCACUAGAUUUGCGAAGGUUGAAUCUGAUUUCGACUCAUGAAGAAGCCACUCGAGGGCCUCUGGAAGCGCCCCGGAUUUCGCAUUUCGAUUCUCAUGGUAAGUUGGUAUAUUACAAGCAUUGCAUCUGGAAUUUACAAUAAGGCCUUUCUGAACUUGUAUCCUCUCGCAGUACUUUUGACUACAUUCCAAAGUUUUGUCGACGCCCUCAUUUGCUUUUUGGUGCUACGUUAUCUUUCACUUCUGCGGUUUUGGAAGAACGUGAAUGAAAUGAAAAUCCUGGCCACGCUCGGAUUCAUGCAUUGUAUCGGCACGUUGUUGACAAACUGGAGCACUCUGGAAUCCUCAGCGAGCUUCAUUCAUACUAUCAAGGCCUCAGAACCUCUGUUUUCUAUCGUCCUGAAUGCUUUUUUGCUGGGAAAAUGGCCGACAAAACUGUCUGCUUUUUACAUAUUUAUUACUUGCUUAGGCAUUGCCAUAACGUGCCUUACAGAAGUUAAACUUCAAUUUUCAGGCUUCUUCACUGCUCUUCUUUCAAAUUCCAUGUUUGCUCUGCGGAGCAUUUACUCUAAAAAAACCAUAGAGGAAAGCUCCUUGGACAAUCAAAAUAUCUUUUUGUAUAUCUGCUUUUUUACCUGUCAAAUACUCGUUAUUCCACAAAUUAUCGAAUUAUUUGCGCAGCCCUUCAGCUACUUUAUCGGCGCUCUCGAUGUCUCGUCUGAAGCGUUUGUGUAUCUGCUGUUGUCUUCGGUCUCGCACUACUUAUACAACAUGUUCAGCUUUCUGCUGCUCAACGAAAUUAGCGCUGUAAGCCAUAGCGUAUGGAACAGUUUCAAAAGGCUAGUUAUUAUUUAUUUUAUGGUUCUCUACUUUAAAAUCAACAUAUCCAUCAUAAAUGCAAUCGCUUCGUUCAUGGCUGUCUUGGGAGUUGUCUUAUAUAGCCUGUCGAAGGAGCCUUCGAAUAACCAAAAAGCUGGGGAAAAGGGCUAUCAAUCUGUUUAAAUUUAACAAACCGCUAUUUUUCUGCCAAAAAAAUAGUCUAAAUAAGGGCUAGCGAUAUCGCACGCGCUUCAUCACUGUUACCUAGUCGCGAUGAUCGAAGAUGUCAUGUUUUCGGAUUCUCCGCUUGCGGAAUAUAUGCAAACGCUGGUUAGUAUGAGCCUUUUUGUAUAUACGCUUGACCAUGUAUUAAAACCCGAGCUAAUAAAAGGCAGAUUUAAA